AUGUGAAGCAUGGGUAGGUGGUGGGAGACUCUGAUAAUUGCAUACAAGACACUGGGAGUAGUCUUUGGAGGGCUUGUCACAUCCCCACUCUAUGUAUACCCUUCGAUGCACCUCAAGUCUCCAACAGAAGAUGACUAUUUGGGCAUCUAUAGCAUUAUGUUCUGGACUCUCAGUCUCAUUGGGGUUGUCAAGUAUGCCAGCAUUGCUCUCAAAGCCGACGAUCAGGGCGAAGGUGGAACUUUUGCCCUGUAUUCAUCACUUUGCAGGAAUAUGAACAUUGGCAUGCUUACUUCAAGGCCUGCAAAUUCAAGUUCAACUCUUUCACGCUCUCUCUUGGAUGAGGGCACAGAAAAACAGAGUAGGCUUGCAAAGUUUUUCAGAAAAAGUGUAGUUGCUAGAAGGGUGUUGCUUUUUAUUGCUAUGCUAGGCACGUGCAUGGUUAUUGGAGAUGGUAUUCUUACACCUGCAAUCUCUGUUUUGUCAGCAAUGGAUGGAAUAAGGGCGCCUUUUCCAUCUCUGAGUUCCUCUGUGGUGGAAGCGCUUUCUGCAGUAGUCCUUAUCAUUCUGUUCUUGUUACAAAAGUUUGGUACAUCUCGAGUGAGCUUCCUUUUUUCCCCCAUCAUGGGUGCAUGGACUUUGUGUACCCCACUUGUAGGAAUUUAUAGCAUCAUACAUCAUUAUCCAAGCAUAUUUAAGGCAAUAUCACCACACUAUGUCUUCCGUUUCUUUUGGAGAAAUGGAAGGGAAGGCUGGCUGUUGCUUGGUGGCACUGUCCUUUGCAUCACAGGCUCCGAAGCAUUGUUUGCAGAUCUUGGCCACUUCAACCGAAGCUCCAUUCAGAUAGCUUUCUUGUUUACAAUCUAUCCAUCUCUGGUUCUGACAUAUGCGGGGCAGACAGCAUACCUGAUCAGGAAUCCAAAUGAUCAUGAUGAUGGAUUCUAUAAGUUUAUACCAAAAACGAUCUACUGGCCUAUCUUUAUCAUAGCCACAUUGGCUGCAACAGUUGCAAGCCAAUCUCUAAUAUCAGCCACGUUUUCUGUCAUCAAGCAAUCUGUAGUACUUGAUUAUUUCCCUCGGGUGAAGGUUGUGCACACAUCCGAUAGCAAAGAAGGCGAGGUUUACUCCCCUGAAGUCAACUACAUCCUCAUGAUUCUCUGUGUUGUUGUCAUACUUAUUUUUGGGGAUGGGAAAGACAUUGGAAACGCAUUUGGUGUUGUUGUCAGUCUAGUCAUGCUCAUCACCACAAUAUUACUGACACUGGUAAUGAUCAUAAUAUGGAGAACACCACCUAUGCUGGUUGCUCUUUACUUCUGUGUAUUCUUUGUCAUGGAAGGUGUUUACGUGAGUGCAGUCUUCACUAAGAUCCCUGAAGGUGGAUGGAUUCCUUUUGCCAUAUCCUUUAUCCUUGCCCUCAUUAUGUUUGGUUGGUUUUAUGGGAGACAGAGAAAAUUAGAAUAUGAGUUGACUCAUAAGAUAACCUUAGACAGACUUGGUGUGCUAUUAUCUGACCCUAGUGUUCAAAGGGUUCCUGGAUUGUGCUUCUUUUACACCAACAUUCAAGAUGGCCUCACUCCGACUCUUGGACACUACAUUAAAAACAUGAAAUCCCUUCACCAGGUCACUAUGUUCACUACUCUCCGAUACCUAUUGGUUCCUAAGGUUGCUCCUCAUGAGAGGAUUGUCAUAAAAAAACUUGGCCUCAAAGGGGUUUAUGGGUGUGUUAUUCAGUAUGGCUAUGCAGAUCCCCUAAACCUUGAAGGAGAUGAUUUUGUUAGUCAAGUUACAAAUAGCUUGCAGGCACAUAUACAAAACUGCUCAGGCCGUCUUCCAUCCAAUCCUUCAGAGUACCAAGAAGAGAUAUCUGAUUUGGAAGAAGCAAGGAGUGCAGGUGUAGUUCAUGUUAGAGGAAAGACAAGGUUUUAUAUUGGCCAUAACUCUGGCUGGUUUGAUAGAAUUAUGCUGGCAUUUUAUGAAGUUCUGCACAGCAACUGUAGGUCGGCUCUGCCUGCUCUACGGGUGCCUCCGCCUCAGCGGAUUGAGGUCGGAAUGCUUUAUGAGGCUUGAAGGAAGGAAGGCU